AUGAAUUGUACAGAAAUUUAUCAACAAAGGAAUUAUUCAAGUCUUAUGUUCAAUCAAGCAUACAGUGAUGAUUCAGGAUCAUGGUGGUGGUGGACCAAUAUUCUCGGUACACUUAUAUUUGGUUUAAUUGGUUUAAUUGGUAAUAUAAUAUGUUUUUUUGUUGUAUGUCGUUUUACAUUAUCUACACAUUCAUUCGUUGAAUAUCUUCGUGCAUUAUCAUUUUUUGAAUUUUUAACGUUAUUAUAUGAAGUUGUUCAAGCAUUAAAUGAUUUAUCAAUUUAUUUAUUUUCUAAAAGUUUGUUAAAUUUUCGUUAUUCAUUUGUUUGUAAAUUUUAUGAUUAUUUUAAAUACUCAAUUAUAUUAUUAUCAUGUUGGACAAUUGUUGGUUUAACCAUUGAUCGUUGUGUACUUGUUUGUAAUCCGUGGUCAAAAAAAUAUCCGAAAUUAUCACGUCGUUUAUGUAAUUCAAAAUGUGCUAAACGUAUUAUAUUAAUAUUAAUAUUAAUGUCUCUAAUUGUAAAUAUUCCACAUUUAAUUUAUAAAGAAUGGCAUUGUCGGGCACCUGGUUUUCAGAAUAGUGCUGCUUAUAAUCAAAAAUAUGAUUCAGAUCAUACAAAAAAUUCUUCUUCUAAACAAACAUGCUCAUGUCGUAUAUCACCAGAUAUUUCGCAACGUACAAAAGAAGUUUUUUUAUUUUGGCACAAUUAUAUUUUUCAUCUCUUAUGUUAUACAAUUCUACCAGCUGUCAUGUUAAUUGCAAGUAAUGCAGCUAUCUUAAAACGUAUUCAUACUCCUCGUCCAAUUGUAAGUAAUCAAAAUGAACAUAUACGUUCCAAAUUAACGGGUACAUUAACAGUAUUAUCAUUAUUAUUUCUUUCAUUAUAUUUUCCAUUUGCGAUUGUUGAAGCAAUAUCUUAUAUUGCAAUUCGUUAUAAACGAUAUGCUUGCAAUAUUCGUUUUAUUUUAAAAUUACGUAUAUUAAAACGUUUAACUGAAUUAUUAAAUAUUGCUGCAUUGGGUAUAAAUUUUUUCUUGUAUAUAUUAGGUGUUAAUCAUUAUCGUUCAUCAACUAUACGAAUGUUAGGUUUACAUCAUUAUGAAAUGUUUUCAAGAUAUUUAACAAUUGAACAGCGUAAUUUAAAAAUAUUAGCUGGAAGUCAACAAAUACAAAAUACACUUCAAAUAGAUUCAUCAAAAAUUAAAUUACUAAAAGUGACGUCAUCAAAUGAUCAAUACUCAACAUCGUCUGUAUAUAACAAUCGUUUAUUAUAA